GUCAGAGUUCAUCCUAACAAAGUUCUUACAUUAUAUACUGCAACAGUUUAAAUAAAGACGAAAGGACUGAUGAUUUAGUUUUAAUUAACUGACUUCUUCAAGUGCAUUUAGUUUUAUCAAAUCAUGGAUAUUCCAUUCGAAAAUAUUUUACUUCUUCUAUUCGCAAAAGCACUCCAGUGAACAUUUUUCAUGUAAAAAUGACUGAUACAGUUUACAUAACCAUCCCGUCUACACUUGAUAAAAUUAUACAAAAUGAACCAAAUGAGAACACUAUGAGUUGUAUUAUUAACAAAAGGAAUGAUGACAAUGAUAUUAUAAACAAAUUUCAUACUACUGUUGACCAGAUAAUAAGAAGUGAUACUAGUAAAAAGGAAGAACUACCUCAACUACCAACAGUGAUUAAAACAAAGAAGAAAAAGUUUAGCAUACUCCGUUUUAAACAAUUGAAACUUAAAAGUGAUCUCAUUGGUGUACAUCUUAACGGACGAAGUCGACAGAUUAGUGAAAAAGAUGGAGAAAUUAAUGACAAGAAUACUACUACAGAAAAAGCACGCGAUAAGUGGAAUAAGAAAAUAGACUUUUUGUUAUCUGUAAUUGGAUUUGCUGUUGACCUAGCAAAUGUAUGGCGUUUUCCAUAUUUAUGUUAUAAAAAUGGUGGAGGCGCUUUUCUGAUUCCUUACGGCCUUAUGCUUCUCUUCGGUGGUAUUCCUUUGUUCUACAUGGAAUUGGCACUGGGACAGUUCAUUCGUAAAGGUGCGAUUACGUCAUGGGGGAGAAUAUGUCCACUUCUUAAAGGUGUCGGCUACAGUGUUGUACUGGUUGCAUUCUACACUGACUGGUUUUAUAAUAUGAUAAUCGCUUGGUCGCUUUACUAUCUAGGUGUAUCGUUUACACCGAAUCUGCCAUGGAUGUCAUGUGGUAACUCAUGGAAUACAGAAACGUGCAUAGAUAUUCAUUUGACAGCUAAUGAUUCAGUCAACAUAUGGGAAAACUUGUCUAUUCGAAGCAGUAGUAACAACACUUUUCCUGUUGAAGAAUUUUUCAGCAAUCAAGUUUUAGGUCGCACAAAAGAUACAAAUGUGGAAAAUCUUGGAAAACUUCAGUGGCAAGUACUUUUAUGUUUCAUAGCUGUUAUGGUUAUUUGUUACUUCAGUCUGUGGAAAGGGAUACACACUUCCGGUAAAGUUGUCUGGUUCACUGCAAUAUUCCCUUAUGUUGUACUGACAAUAUUUUUAUUUCGUGGAUUGACGCUGCCGGGAUCCAUAGAUGGUAUAUACCAUUACAUUUGGCCAGAUAUAGGAAAACUUAAGUAUGCAGAACCAUGGGUAGAUGCUGCAACACAAGUGUUCUUUUCGCUUGGGCCUGGAUUCGGUGUACUUAUGGCCUAUGCAUCCUAUAACGACUUUCACAAUAAUGUAUAUAAGGAUGCAUUAGUUGUGGCAGCGAUUAAUUCGUUAACAAGUUUAUUAUCUGGAUUUGUGGUAUUCACAUUACUCGGUUACAUGGCAUAUAAACGCAAAGCACGUGUGUUAGAUGUGAUACAAGAUGAUCCAGUGUUAGUAUUCAGUGUCUAUCCAGAAGCAUUGUCUACUUUACCUGGUUCAACAUUUCUGUCGAUCUGCUUCUUCCUGAUGUUACUGACCUUGGGAUUAGACAGUUCAUUCGGUGGUUCUGAAGCCGUUAUCACAGCGUUGGGUGAUGAAUAUCCUAUACUUGCAAAUCACAGAGAAUUAUUUGUGCUUGGUUUAUUUACAUUCUAUAUUGGAAUUGGAGCUCUGGAGUCAACUCAAGGUGGUAUUUACUGGUUCCAUUUAUUUGAAAGGACAUGUGUGGAGUAUCCAAUCCUAUUGGCAGUAUUUUGUGAAACAGUUUGUGUAGCCUGGAUAUAUGGAGUUGAUCGUUUUCGUCAAAAUAUCAAACAAAUGUUAGGCUUUGAACCAGGAAUAUUCUGGAAAAUCUGUUGGAAAUUCAUUGCGCCAAUUUUCAUUUUGUUCAACAUUAUCUAUGGAUUAUCAAAUUAUCAACCUCUUCAACUUGGAGAUUACACCUAUCCAUUAUGGGCAAACAUACUGGGUGGUAUUUUUAGCGGUUCGGCCAUUUUAACUAUACCGCUUGUGGCUAUCACUCAGAUUUUGCAGACCGAAGGAACGCUAAAAGAGAGAAUUCAAAAGCUUAUCAAACCCUCAAAAUUAAUGGAUAUUCAUGAUCCAUUCUUAAUGAAUGACCAAAUUAUUGAUAGGAAAAUGACAUGUAGCUUUUCAGAUUCAUUCAACUCUUCAAACAAUCACCAAUUCUAAAAAAAUCUAAUUCGAUGAAUUCAAUUCCACUCUGGUAUAAAGACAGCACAGUUAAAUAACAUACAUUUAAAUUAAUAAAUCUUAUAUAAAAUACAUUUUACCUUUGAGUAAAUUCCUCGAAAAAAUUAUUUAGUAAUCACAAGAACCUAUGUAUUCUACUUAUAUUAGUAAAAGUAGUUUUAUCAACGCUUUUAUUCAAAUACUACGUUAAUUAAAUUGCUUCGACUAUAUAACUACAAUAAUCGAGAAAUGAAGCUUAUAAAAAUACAUAAGUUCUUCUCAG